CUUUUGCGGGAAAAAGACGACGAAUUGUCCAUCGUGAAUCGCAGUUGUCGCGCGGUGGUCGCCCAUGUGUUGUUUUUUUUUUCGGGUUUGUGUGUCCCGCAGUCCCAUCGAGUCGUGUCAGAACUUCUACGAGGACGUCACGCUGCAGAUCGACAUGGCCUUCAACAUUUUCUUUCUCCUCUACUUUGGCCUCCGAUUCAUCGCGGCCAAUGACAAGUUGUGGUUCUGGCUGGAGGUCAACUCGGUGGUGGACUUCUUCACGGUGCCGCCCGUCUUCGUGUCCGUCUACCUGAACCGGAGCUGGCUCGGUAAGCUUGACUACACACCGCCACCGCUUCUCAAACUCUGGGGGUCCAGUGACACCUUCGCCUUGUAAUGGCAGCGAAACAUUACGUCCAUAUGGACCUUAAAUGAAAAUGUUGCCUACGGAGAAACUUGUAAUGUUCCCAUAACACAUUUUUUAGAGGGGGGGAUA